AUGUCGCAGGCCCAGCUUUUGCCCGCCGCCUUCAGCACCGGCCACCUCAACCGCGCGACCGCCUCGUUGCCGAGGCCACUUCAGAGCGUCUUCGGCCCCGCCGCCAGGCCCGAGGAGGACUCAAUGGCGCCGUCCAUGCCCUCACUCACCGGCGGCCUCAUCACCAUGCCCGCCUCCAUCGCCCUCCCCUCCCGAUCGCUGCCCGCCACCAGUCUCUUCGCCUCGCGUCGCUACCCCUCGCCCAGCCGGCCCUCCGUCUCGGUCGCCCUAUCCUCCGGUCUCGCCUCGCCGCCCCACCAUCCCAAUAGACCCGUCGGCGGGCCCCGGUUGGUGCCGACGGCGGCGAGUCCCGCCAGAGCGCUCUUCUUCUCUCAGUCGUCAGCCGGCGAGCGCCAUGUCGACGAGUCGUCCUGCUUGCGUCGCGCCGCCGGGCUGGCCCGACAACGAGACGAACGUCGCCCGACAAGGCAACCCGACGGCCUGGCCGUCGGUCCGUCUGUCUCGCCUGGCCUUGGCCUCUGCACCAGACCGCGACCCGGCCAUGGCAACGGGCUUGCUCGAAUGUCGACUUCGUCCUUGACGGCGGCCGGACGCAGCAGCGGUCUGACACCACAAACCGGCAAACUGCGCAUCUCCGCGUCGGCCAGCACGUCUCCGAAUACUGGCUCCUCGCGCCGUCUCCUACAGUCCCUUCACGCCGGCUCGGCCUCCUCCGGCCUCGGCCACUACUCCGGCCCCGCCUGCACCGCCUGCACCGCCUCCGCCCCCAAUUCCAGCUCUACCUCCGCCGGCAACACGACUACAACAAUGACGGCCACCACGACAACGAGCACCACCUCCGCUCUUCGACACCCGACACGCUCCAACUCGUCUUGUCUCUCGCCGGCCCGUUCAGCUCUCCUGCACCCUGGCAACACCGCCAGCCACACCAACACGACAGUCGGGCACCACCGCUCGUCCGGCCCGACCGAUGCACCGGGCACCAACGGUCUGAUGGCCGACUUCCUCGAGUGCGCCAGAUGCCCCGCCUCGCGGAGAGCCUCCCUCGACCACUGGGUCGACCAUUUGGGCGAAUACCAUCCCGUUCCAGCAUCGUGGCCCAGUGCUCGUGCCGACCACCUCAGCGCCCGGGAACGCGUCACACCGUACACUUCCGUGGUGGACUCGCACAAAAAGCGCAAGCCCAACACCGUUCCACGACCCUUGAACAGUUUCAUGGUGAGUCUCGACGUCGCCUGGGCCGCACACACACACACACACGCCACGCGAAUAGACACGUCUGCUCAGGGUGCUGUAGUUGCUCCCAAGAGCGUGAUCAUUUCGCCCAUAACCCAUCUGAAUCAUUAA